AUGGGUAUUACUCAGGCACUUUUGGAUAAACAUCGGUGGGAUAUAUAUCGAGGGGAGAGUAUGGAGAAGCAAGAUCUUCUCUUCAGCGCUAAGAGAACCUCGUACAUGUAUGCUAGAUCACGAGUAGAUGUCUUCUUACCAGACAACCACAAUAAUCAAGUGGGAGACUUCCAUAUAAUUGCGACAUUCACUACUGACUCGUGGAAUAUGUAUCAUGGCACUGUACUUAUUGCUCAGGUAUGCCGCCUUACGGAUAAACAUCGAUGGGAGGUAUAUGGAGGAGACAGCACAGAUGCUCCGGAUUAUAUGUUCAAAGUGCAAAGAACAAAGGCAUUUCAAGUAAAAGCACGACUAGAUGUCUUCUUUUUAGAUAAUCCCAAUUCUGAAGAAGGCAAAUUUCAAAUUAAAGAGGAUGAGUUAAGUUCUCAUACUGCUUCUAUGUAUCAAGGUUCUACAAUUAUUGCUCGGAUUGAACAUAAAACCUCAUGGAAUAAAAUUCUCAAGGGAAAGGAUGAGUUAAUGGUAGAAGUUUGUGAAGGUGUAGAUUACGCAUUUGUGAUGGCAGUACUUAUAAUCAUGGUUAUGCUAGUUGAUAGGAAAUAGUCUUAUUCUGUUAUUCAUUAGUAUACUGUUGUACAUAUCAUGUUUUAAAUUUUCAAAUUAAUUAGGGAAACUUACUUAUUAUCAUUCCAAAUAUCUGAUUUUUUUUCUUUUGAAAAGGUAAGAUCAUCUUGACAUUAUUUAUAUUGGAGAGAAUCUUUUAAAUUCUUCUCAAUAUAUAAGAAAAAAUGUAAUCACGUGGGGUCUUAUUUAAUUCGUCCCAAUGAGUAUUUUAUUAUUAAUAUUCAAUCUUUAUAAUUUUUACUAAUAUAUAACAGAAGAUAUUUAAAGUAUAAAAAGUGCAUGGACAAACGUACACCGUUAAAGUUGGAAGGAUAAAAAAAAAUAGAAGAAGUAUACUCUUGUAUUUUUACUUA